GGUUUCUCUUCUCCCAGUUGUCGGUACACGGAGACGUCAUUAACGAGCGAGUGAUGGUGGUGGCGGUGGUGGUGGUCGUCCUCCUCCUCCUCAGGUGCGCCUCCAGACAGUGAGUGAGAGACACUCUCGCAGUGUGUGUGUGUGUAUGUGUACAUGUGGACGACGACGACGACGACCGUGAGUGUAUGUGUGUGUGUGGGAAAGUAGAAAAGAAGUUAGACAAACAAAAGAGGACACAACAAGAGAGAAAAUUGACACACACACGACAUUGCACACGUACCAGAGUUCGAAACGAGUUGGCCAAAAAUUGACAGUGAAAACGACAGGGCCUACCUUGGACCCCCCUGGACAAAAAUAAACUCGAACCGCCAUUUCACCAUCUUUCUUUUUCUUUUUUUCACCCCCAACCGGAGAGAAUCGAUUGUCCGACACAAAAGUCCAGAGUCCAUCGUCUAUCCUCAUCGUGUAAAGUUCAGCUCUCAGUUUGGUUGUUGUUUGGCUUGGAUUUCGCAAGUGUGUCUAUUCCAUACGGUGUUGUGUGCUGUGUUGUGUGUUGUGUGUCACCAACGAGAGGAAAAAAAACCCUGGGGCAGUUCGCCAUUUUGUCCGUUGGGGGGGUUAUAUAUGAUAUCUGGGUCUGCAGCCAUUACCACUCGUACCACCACCACGACCACGCGAUGAUUCUCGGAUGAAUAAUUUUUGUCGUCGUCUGCAAGUGUGUGUGUGCUCAAGUGAUUAUAAGCAUUGGUGCUGUCGUGUGUGUGUUUUUCAUCGAGUAUAUCUAUAGCCAAACCGGUGGUUGGUGUGUGUGGUGGUUGUGUGCUGGCCCUGGUGCAAUCCCUGUGAUGCAGCAUCGUCAAUCCCAUUGCUCAUCUCGCAGACAAAAGACCGGCCUCGAUUCAACUUCGGGGCUUUCAUGGCUGCCUUGGGUGGAAGCUCGUUGUUGAGUGCUGGUGGUGCUUCUUCUUCUUCGGUGGCCGUCCACCAUCACCCAUCGACUGCUGCCACUAGUCCCGCAUCUGCUAUUAGCGCAUCGUCGGGAGUGUCCCAGGGAGUCUUGUCAUCGUCACCUGCUGCCGCCACCGCCGCUCCCAGUCGAGCCCAAGUGGUGGCUUCGCCCAUGCCCGAUCUCUCCCACUUGACCGAGGACGAACGCAGGAUUAUCGAGUCGGUGCUCAUGCGACAACGACGAGAAGAGGAACAAGAAACCGAAAUUGUCAGGCGACAAGCGGACGAAGUGUUGCUCCUGGAGACGGCCAUCCGACAAAGAAGUGAACAACAGCGGAAGGCUGGCGCCGAAUUAGACGCCACCUGCCAGCUUUGCCUCAAGACCAAGUUCGCCGACGGAUUGGGACACGCCUGCCACUACUGCAACGUCCGUUGCUGCGCCCGCUGCGGAGGCAAAGUCGCUCUCCGAUCCUCAAAGGUGAUAUGGGUGUGCAUCUUGUGCCGGAAGAAACAGGAACUAGUUGUUAAAACGGGUAAAUGGAUACUACCUAGCAUCCCGGGACCGAUGCAAUCUCAGCAGCAGCAGCAACAACACCAACAGCAACAAUCUGGUUUCGGUAGUGGUGUCGGUGGUGGACUGUUGAUCAACGAUAAACGGCCGCGACUGGAACGGGCCGUCAGUUACGACAGGGAAAGCAGUAGCGUUGGUGUCAGUGCCGGUUUCGGACAUCACCACCAUCGGACUUCUUCCACGUCCUCCGUCGAUCCAUCCGGAAUCAUACGGAGUGGCUCUAGUCUGGCCGGAGGACAGCCGGCUGGCUACCCAAACACUCAGCCACAACAACAGAAUCAACAACACCAGCAGCUGCCCAACAGAGGUCAACUCCAACGUUCCGGAAGUUUACAGAGUCAUGGAACGAGUUCUUGGAGGAACAACAGCGUUCCACACCAAAUGUCCUCCGAUCUCAUCGACAACUCUCCCGCUAGAGGAGGCGGUGGACCGGUCGGCGGAGUAGCGGAAUACGGGCCGUCGGUGUCACAACAGCAGCAGCAAGCGAUUUAUCCUUCUUCCGGAAGAGGAAGCAGCGUCCCUCUGACGGCCGGUAUGGGCAGCAGUUCCGGCCAACAGCAGCAGCACCAGUUCCGACGCGGUGCCAGCAGUAGCUCCUGGUCGGACUACCGCGGCGACAACUUUGACAAACUCAAUCCGCAGCAACAGCAGUUUCUACAGCAACAGCAGUUGAAUUCAGUUCAUCCGCGCAGCACGAACAACCCGGGAUUAGUGAAAGUGCGCAGCAGUAGCUACGAUCACGGUGACUACUACCAGGACGACUACAAUCGCGGACAAGGCGGCCAGAGGCUGAGUGGAGGUGUCUCGUCCGCCGAGCGAAGCCUUCCAGUCGUUCAUCCGCAACAGCAUUUGCGUCAGCAGCAGCAGCAGCGGCAACAACAUCCAGCGCACCACCACCAUCAUCACCAUCACCGACAGCACCAAUCGUCUUCCGAGGAGGAGCUCCGCUCCACAUCCGAGUGCACCAGUUGUGAGGAUGUCGAAGUGGAGAGCGAAUCCGUCAGCGAAAAAGAGAGGCCCCUGAGGCCGCGGCCGUUGGGCAGCGUCGGCGGAACGAUGAUCAGCCGGAGUAGCAGCAGCAGCGGAGCGCCGGAAGCAGACGGAAGAGGAGGCUACACAACCAGAAGUGGUGGCAGGGACCAAUACGGCGCCUACCGAGGAGGAGCGGGCGGAGGAAGUGUUGGCCGACUGCACGUAGGCGUAGGCGUAGGAGGAGGAGGAAGAACAUCAGUCGACACGGCGUCGUCGGCCAUGGCGUCUGCCGAGUGCUCGGCUCAGCGGAGGAGUUUCUUCCAGCAAAGAGGACAAGAGAGACGCCUACCGGAUGCCCCUUCCGACGGCGUCAUCCGUAGUGCCUCGCUGCAACAUCAGCCGUCGUUGUCCAUGUCAUCGUCUUCUUCGAUGAUGGCCGUGUCGGCCGGACCGACGGCCUUGUCGUCGUCGACGUCGGCCAUCCACGGGACCAACCACAUCCAUCACCACCACAAUCAACGCCAGCACAGUCUCAACCGGAGUCUGAGCAACAGCAGCGGCGUCGCUCGCAUCAGCUCAUCGGCCAGCAUCCCCACCUCGGCCUCCAAAUCGACCAUCGCCGGCGGCAACAACAAUAACAACAACAACAGACAACUCAAGAAAACGGUUCGCUUCGACGCCGACGAAGAUGGGCCGGCCACCACCACCACCGCCGCCGCCGUCACGACGACGACAACGACGACGACCAUUUCCAGUUCUUCUUCGAAUCUUCCGUCCAGGAAUCUCAAAGCCAAUGGGCUCCUGAGAUCCGAAUCCUCGCUGCUGGCCAGCAGCACAGUCGCCGACGCCAGCUGGAAAGGCGACAACAAAACCUGGGAUUGGCUCAUGAAAGGUCACGGCGACGGGGGUGACAAUUAUCGGCAUCACCACCACCAAGACUCGAGAGAAUCCGCCGGUAGGGAUUCUGGCGUCGAGACGCUCACGUCCGGCGAAGACGUCGUCGUCGUCGUUCCUCGCAGCAAACACCAUUCAGCCUCGUACGAUCACCAUCACCACCACCACCAACAACAACAACAACACAGACCCAAGCAUCAGCUGCAAAAGCAACAGCAUCCGCCGGCGCCUCAACAGCAGCAUCCAGUCACGUGGCAGCCCAACAGCGACGGUACCAAAAUGAUUGGCCGGAUGAUAUUGACCAAAAACAUGGCCGGAAUUGGAGUCGGCUCCCUUGGAGGCGGUGGCGGGGGAGGUGGUGGUCCGUCAGGCGUUUCGGGCAUCGGCGGCUCCAGCAAUCCGUCAUCGGCCUCCAUUCUCGGCCUCAAGGUCGUAGGUGGCAAGCGAGUCGACAACGGCCGCUUGGCCGCUAUCGUCGAGAAGGUCAAACGGGGCAGCGUCGCCGACACCAUCGGACACUUGCGGCCGGGUGACGAGGUGCUGGAGUGGAACGGCUACCCGCUGCAAGGGCGGACAUUUGAGGAAGUCUAUGACAUCAUCUGCGAGUCACGUUCCGACCACGAAGUGGAGAUCAUUGUCAGUCGGCCCAUCAGCGAUGUCGGACGGCCGAGUUCAAUGGGAGCACAGUCGGGCGGAUCAGCCGGGCCCGGUGGUGGCCAUCUAAGUCACCAUCAUUCCGGCUACGGCUCGGCGUCGGGCUCGUUAGCGGGCGUCGGUGGCGGCGGCGGGGCCGGCAGCACACGCAGCGGCGGCAGUAAAGUCAGCAGUAACACUCAGAGGGACCGGCCGGCUGUCACCGUCACGUCGCCCGCCUCGCCUGACACUCUCCACCCGUCUUGGGGCAAAGUCCAGGUGAAAUUGUGGUACGAUGCAUCGAUCCAGCAACUGUCGGCCACGAUCGUUGGCGGAUUCGAUCUUCCGCCGCGCCCAAACGGCGCCCUGCGCAAUCCUUACGCCAAACUCUUCCUACUGCCUGAUAAAAGUGAAAAGUCAAAGCGUCGCACCAGGGCCUUAGCGUCGACGCUUGAACCGCGCUGGAACCAGACCUUCCUCUAUUCGCAUCUGCGCCGCUCCGAGCUACGAUCCCGCUUCCUGGAGAUCACCGUCUGGGAUAGCGAUCGAUUAGACACUGGACGCCUUAUUGGAGAAGUGGUGAUUGAUCUUGGCGCUGCACCGCUGGACGGUGAAGCAGACUGGUACACGCUGACUUCGCACGAAGAAUCCCUUCAAAUUCUCAGGCGGGCGGGAUUGCAGAUGUCCGAGUCGGCCACGUCUCCCGUGGGCUCUGUGGACCAUUUGUCGCCGCCUUCAACCUCGUCUCGCCUCUCCGAUUCGGAACCCGACCCGUCGGAUCUGGGCGACGGGGAGGAAGGCGGCGGUGGCGGCAGCGGCGGCGGCGGCGUUGGGGGCGGUGGCAGUGGCGGAAUGGGUGGCCCACUUCUACCACCCUCCCGUCAUAGCAGAGGAGCCCUGGAGCGCAGUGUCCGCAGUGACGGAGCCUCAGUCAGCAGCAUGGGCAGCAGUUCCAGUCCGCCGUUGGACAGUGACUACGGCGAGCAGCGUCGGAGUAGGACCAGAACGGGCACCAUCGUGGCCUCUGAUGACAAAUACCUUCGUGGUGGAGGGCCCAUUCUCGAUCGGUCGAGACCACGUUCUCAUUCGGCAGCUCCCGAUGAUAUCGGAACCGAUCGAGGACGGCUCGAAAGGACUCCAAGCCAACGGAGCAGCAUUUUUCAUGACCGGGCAAAAAGUCCACGACGAGUCUCCGAGCCGGGCCGCCGGAGUUUAUCGCCAUCUGAAGAACGGCUGCCGGAUGGAUCCGUUCGUGGUGGAAUGUACGGCGGCUCAGGCAUUCCAAGAAUGACAUCCCGUUCGGCCACUGCCACUCCGACAGGAUCUCCGAAACGGCGACAUCUCCCGCAGAUCCCGUCUGCCCUACAACAAACCUCUUUCGCCCGAGUCAGACAGGACGUGGAAGAAAGGGCGCGAAUGCUCAAACUAAGAAUGGGUCAAAUUCCCAGCUCCGGCUACUCGGUCGGUGGAGGAGAACGGGGCGGAGGCGGAGGCGGUGGUGGUGGUAGCGGAGUCCGAUCAUGGCGGAUGUACAGUGGCCACAGUGAUAACGACUUACCGCCUCAACGCCACAGUGUCACCCACAGGGGCUCCUCAUCCGGAGGCCAUUAUUCGAGCAAAGGGAGCGGAAUGAGCCGGACGAGCCGGUCUUUGUCGGGAGCGGGACCCGAUGGUGCUGGCGGUAAGGUGCUCCUGUCGCCGGAUCGCGAAGGCAGAGACAGGUCCGGUGCGGAACGUGGCGGAGGCGGUGGCAGCGGCAGCGGCGGUGCAGGAGGCGGCGACAGCGACGUCGAGAGCCUGGUCAGUUUCGUGAGUGGCACCAGUGCCUUAUCCACCCAGUCUGAACGACCAUCUGCCUACGUCAAACGCGUCGGUGAGCGCCGAGAGGAGAUGCUGACGGGCGAGCUGAGAGAUCGUGGAGGCCAGGAAGUUGGGCCAGCCAACAGCGAUGGCGGUCGCAGCGGGAGCAGCUUCCGACGGAACCAAUUAGGCCGCUCCCUAUCGCAAAGUGACGUUCCGGUCACGGAAAAAAACGACGGUAGCCUGAGUGACACGGCCCUGAACAGCAGUCUUCUGGACUGCCAAUUGCCGGAUCGCACGACGUCGUCUUGGCGACGAGGUGCUUCCUCGUCGGCCUCCUCUUCCGGCGGGCUGGCGCACAGCAGCAGCGCCUCGCAACCGCAGCAACUCUACGCCAAAAACUCGGACAAGGGAGGUCUGUCGAAAAAGAGCAAUUCCACGUCUCAACUGUCAGCCACAGGUCGGAAGCGCAAAAUGGGAUUCGGUCGGAAGGACAAAAACGCCUUCAGCGUCCACCGGUCGGAGGAGGUGAUGCCCAACACUCUGCGUCACCUGGUGAGGCAGAGCAGCAGUUUGAGCAGCACCGAGGGUUUGGGCGACGGUGAGUCCGGCGACGUGAGAGGGACCGAACGAAGCGGCAGCAAAGGAGGAGGAAAAGGAGGCGGAAGCUCCUCCAGUAAUAAAGGAGGUUCUUCCAAUUCCAACAGCAGGAAAACGUCGCCAAGCCCUCGACGAGGGAACAUGUCGAGCGCACCCUCCGUUGAGUCUGACGGCGACGGCUCACGUGAUAAAGACGGAUGGGUGGGCUUAGCUCGGCUAACGGCCGAAACGGCUGGAAGCGGACCACUGGCCGAUUUCGUCGAAGGUUUAGGUCCCGGCCAGCUAGUUGGCCGGCAAGUUUUGGCCGCACCGGCCUUAGGUGAUGUCCAACUGGCAUUAUGUGAUCGCAAAGGGCGACUAGAAGUCGAAGUUAUCCGGGCGCGCGGUCUCCAAGCCCGCACUGGGUCCAAACUGCUGCCAGCACCAUACGUUAAAGUGUACCUGGUGAGCGGUAAACGUUGUCUCGCCAAAGCUAAAACGGCCACGGCUCGACGGACGCUGGAUCCGCUUUACCAACAGCAGCUCUCAUUCAGCGUUCUCUAUCAAGGAUGUGUUCUACAGGUGACGGUGUGGGGUGAUUACGGACGGAUAGAAGGCCGGAAGGUCUUCAUGGGUGUGGCUCAAAUUUUGCUUGACGAUCUGGACUUGUCCAACAUUGUGAUCGGUUGGUACAAACUGUUUGGCACGGCCUCUUUAGUCAGUUUGCCGCCGCCACAAUCCCAACCGCAGCAACAGCAGCAGCAGCAACAACAACAACAACCCCAGCAGCAACAACAGCAACAGCAGCACUUGCCGCGGCGAAGUUCUCAACACAGCCUCGACUCUAACGGUUGAAGAUAAAUGACGGGACCGGAUAGGAAAAACAAAACAAAACAAGAAAAUGGGUCUCUGCCAUGCCACACAGACACAUCCACCAUCACCACACGUUAUCCAUCGUUUCACAUCCACAGCAAACACCUUAAAAACCUUGGCGUGUUCAAAUGAAUGUCGUUACUUCCUCCUCAUCCCGCGAUUCGAUAGUUGUUGCUUUCCUUCCUCGUCCUAUACUUUCUCUCUCUUUUUCUUUCUACUCUCAUCUUGCCUCCCACACAACUGUCAACUUUUUCUUUGAUUAAAAACAGCUCUCCUUCUUAAUCUAUUAGAGGAAAAAAAUCUGAAAAAAACUACUGAAACUAACCACGCCUUACAGGUGGCGAAGCUGUCAAAGCCCUACAUCUCUAGUUCUCCUCUUUUCGUCCGAUCCCUCGCGUUAAACAUCAUCUCGUUUUCUCGUCCUUCAUUUAUAGUCCGACAUGGAAGAAAAGAAAAAUUCACAUAGAAAAAGAAGAAGAAGAAAGUUUCGUUGGAUGCGACAUUUCCUCUAAUGCCAUCUCGGCAAAGACAAGUGGACAAAAAAGAAAUUGAAGAUCAUUCCUAAUCUGUGUUAUUGAUUGUGUUGUUCCAUCGUUUGACAAAGCCAGUAUACUAUAAAAAAAUUAAUUAACCAAGUCUCUAAAUAUCCCCCUCCAUAAAAAAUCCUGGAAAAAAAAUCCCCCUUAUUAUUCUGUCCUCCUCCCGUCAUCCCCCUGUAUCUUUUUUCAAAAAACUAAAAUCCUUCCCCCCCCCCAAAAAAAAAAUAAAUAAAAAACUGUCGGUUGCGUGUUAAAUGCAUAUCUCCCGGUCCUGUGUGGUGUUUGCGAAGACGAUUGAGCUCAACGCAGAACGGUUCAUCCCCAUGGAUUCUGCGGCAUUAUUCCGGAACGGAUCUUUAUAGAGUCCCGAAAAAAAAUCUGUUCUCUGUUUUUGUCUCUUCCUUUUUUCUUUCUGGGAUUGGAUUCUAUUGUUGCGUUCCACGCGUUUUUAUUCGUAUGAUCCGAUCAAAAAACUGUGUCGGUUCAUCGCUUGACGCGGAUCAAAUUUUGUUUUUUUUUCUCUCUUAUUUUUCUAUUUUGAUUUCCUCUUCGUGCUCGAAUCUUUCAUCAUCCAAUUUUCACAUUUCUCUCUCUCUCUCUCUAACUCUUUCGUCCUCCUAUCUUCUUCAUCCAACCUCCACCAUCCUCCUGCCCCCCGCCCCCUUUCAUCCUUCAGCUCCUUAUAUUAAAUAUAAUAAGACUUCAAAGAUUUUAAACAAAAUUAAUAAUAAUUAACGGUCGUUGGCUGUUUGAACCAACUGAUUUAUGCCCUUGCUUUAUUUGCAAUGCGGUUGUGAUUUCUCAUGUUGUAGUGGACAUUACAGAGCAUCAAGGUAA